AUGGAGCGCAGCACGGCGGCUCGGUUCCACGACGCCGCGACGCACUUUCGAGUCUACGAAGAUUACCUGGAGUCCCGAGUCACGCCGAAGGAUUUGUUUUACUUAAAAAGUGGGGAGGUGGCCCGUCAGCUGGUGGAGCUCGGCCACCAGGGCAGUGUCCUGAGCAGGGAGCAGUUCCAGGAGCAGAAGGCGGCGGCGCAGGCCGGCGAGGCCGCGAGGAGCGACGCCUUCUACGGCCGGAGCCGGCCGACGACGCUGGCGAGUGCAGGAAAAGAGCUCAAAGAUAACUUCCUGAGGGCCCUGGCAGAGCGAGAGGAGGCCAACCUCAGUGGGAAAACCAGCUCCAUCAUUUUCAUAAGGGAUCUUAAUCCUCUCGGACGGGAAGUAUCCGGCUACAUCGACUACGCCCACAGACUCAAGACCCAAGAUUUCGAACCAUAUUUCAGCGGAAAGAAGAAGCUGGUGCCAAGACGCUCGGAUUUAUGCUACUACAACUGGAGGACACAGGUGUCCACGUCCAACUCCAGCCCCAACUUUGAGGUGAUUUACGACGACCCCAAUGGCCUUCUCUUCAAGAACAAGAUGGACAAGAAGAUCCUAAACGUGGACCCAUUGGCCGGUCCGGGCGAGGACUCCAAACGGACCUUCUUGCAGUCAGACCUCUACAGCCACACCGUCAUCUACGACCACAGCAUCAGGACCGUCUGAGCUCCAGAGGUCCAGACACGUGAAGCCUCUAAUCUCAGCUCGCUGUCGUCGCCCCGUCAUUUACAAUCUGUGACGGCUUUCCUCAAAUAACCUGUCAUUUCAUGUUUAAACUCUUCUGGUGGAGACCCAGUUCCUCUUAUUUCUUCGGCGUGUCCCCCUGAAGGGACGGUGACAGGCUCCGGGACCCCGGGUCGUCCCAUCGGCUGUUUGUCUAAACAAAUUAAAGGCGUUGGAGCUUUGAAAGAUGACGGGGGGGGGGGGUCUUUUAUGUCCUCCACCCCGGGCUGCGGUAUCUCCGGCUGGAGGAACGAGUAAUGGGUUUAAAGCAUUCCGCAUGUUCCCAGACGUUAGACGCACUUUACAGGACAUCAAAGAGCUCCUUCAUUUGCAUAUUAGUCUUUAAAUGGGAGACAACCUGCUGUAGGAGUUAUUUAGGAGGUGCGGAAGAAUUUCAGACACUUUGUUCUACAUUUACAUUUUUUUUUGUUAUUGUUAUUGAAACAUGGAAAACAUCAGCUCCACCACAGGCACCGUUGUCUUUUUGUUCAUGAAUUAAGUUUUGUGUUUUCUGUAGAGAAACAGCAUGUCCUUCAUUUACAAGGAGACUUUACAUUCCCCAAAAACAUUGGGGGUAUAAAUUUAGAUGUUAAAUGAAGUAUAAAUUGCACGUAUCCGAUGUAGAGUUCAUGAUAUCACGACAUUAAUAAAAAGAAGAGCAACACAAACAAUAGUCUGUAGAAGAAAAACAAUGAGAAGAGAUCUCCAGAAGCUGCUGAGCUUAGCUUAGCUUAGAAUGAAGACUUGCCACAGGGGGUUUCACUUCUGGGAAUAAGAUGACCCGGUCCUUUAGCCCCGCCUCCUCUGUGACCAGAGGACGGUCCUUAAGCCCCGCCUCCUCCGUGACCAGAGGAAGGAGAAAAUUUUUGAGGACCUUGUGACGUUGACGUGUUGCUCCAUCUGCUGAUUUAAAGACCCGAUGCUCAUAUUAUGAUUGUUUGUAUUUAGCCGUACGUUUCCUCAAACUGGCAACGUGGAGACUUUUCCUAUGGAUUAAUAAAUUCAGCUGCAAUUUAUUUCUUAAUGUUACGAGGUUUUAAACAAAAGAGUUUAAAGCUGCUCCUGCUGCUCUGGUCCUGAACCACUGUAACCGAGCGGUGACCCAGAUGUAGUUCUGGUUCUGUAGAAGCAGAGUUUGGGGAAAGGGGGUUUGGUUUAGGCUUAUCUUCGUCACUGGUGUUUUAGGUUGAUGAUGAUGAUGAUGAUGAUGAUGAUGAUGAUGAUGAUAAAAAAUUUGUCAUAAACCCGGCGGUUAACUGGGUGUUUCGAUUAUUAAAUUGUUUGUGCGUCUUAAAUAAAUAAUGUGAAAAUCUAUUUUAAGCUGUGGGUGAGGCAGAAUGGUUGUGUUGGGUGUGUUCCCCCCCCCCCCCCCCCCCCAAUAAACAAAUAAACAAGU